AUGUCGACGCGAAUCGCUGAAAAUAAAGAGCAGGCGCAGAUCGACGACGACGGCGAUGGCUACCAUCCGGAUAUGCCGAGGAGUCGAGAGGCGCUCGAACAGAAUCGCCGAUUAGAGUUUGAAUUGGCGCGAGAGGUGCAUCGAGCGGUUGUCGAGAUCGUCGAGCUCUACCGGGACCAGUUGGUGAACGCGCGAAUGCUCGAACCCAAUUCGGAUGAUGAGACGGACGGCGAAAUGAAUCCUGAUAGUUGA